GGUGCUGGGUUGCCGCUGCACAUACAUGUCCAAUUAGCUUCGUUGAGCUAGCUAUUCAGGGACAUCUCUGGCGGCGGACUGCUGUGACCGUGCCAGACAAGGAUCGGAGCUCAGUGCAAUAACCAUGACGACAGAAAUCUCCACCUUCAUAAACAUCAAGGAGCCUCGAUGGGACCAAGGGACGUUUAUGGGCCGGGCCAAACACUUCUUCACCGUUACCGACCCCCGCAAUGUCCUGCUUACCAACGAACAACUAGAGAAUGCAAACAAAGUCAUCAGUGACUACCGGCAAGGGGUGAUGUCCCCCGGGCUGACAGAGGACGAGUUAUGGAGAGCCAAGUACAUCUUUGACUCAGCCUUCCACCCAGACACCGGAGAGAAGAUGAUCCUGAUUGGCCGCAUGUCAGCUCAGGUCCCUAUGAACAUGACCAUCACUGGCUGUAUGAUGACCUUCUACAGGACAACUCCAGCUGUAGUCUUAUGGCAGUGGAUCAAUCAGUCCUUCAAUGCAAUAGUCAACUACACCAAUAGGAGUGGAGAUGCUCCUCUCUCAGUUAAUCAGCUUGGCACAGCCUAUGUAUCUGCUACCACAGGGGCAGUAGCCACGGCUCUAGGACUAAAUGCACUAACAAAGCACAUAUCUCCCCUCGUAGGCAGGUUAGUUCCCUUCGCUGCUGUUGCUGCUGCUAACUGCAUCAACAUCCCUCUCAUGAGGCAACGGGAACUGAAACACGGCAUUCCGAUAACAGACGAGAACGAUAACCGGUUAGGAGAGUCAACGACCGCCGCUAAGCAGGCUAUCUCCCAGGUGGUGGUGUCUAGAAUCCUCAUGGCCUCUCCUGGAAUGGCUAUCCCUCCGUUUUUAAUGAACACCUUGGAAAAGAAAGCCUUCCUAAAGAAGUUCCCAUGGAUGAGUGCACCUAUUCAAGUGGUCUUGGUGGGAUUCUGCCUGGUGUUUGCCACUCCACUGUGCUGUGCACUGUUCCCCCAGAAGAGCUCUAUGUCAGUAAGCCGAUUGGAGCCAGAUCUUCAGGAGAAGAUCCGUGUGAGCCACCCCGGGGUGGAGAGGAUCUACUUUAACAAAGGACUAUGAGUGUCACCGCCAACCCUCCUGGCACUGCCAUACUACCCUCACACCAUCUGUACUGGUGGCAGACACCAACCCCAACCCACCGCCAACCCUCCUGGCACUGCCAUACUUCCCUCACACCAUCUGUACUGGUGGCAGACACCAUCCCCAGCCCACCGCCAACCCUCCUGGCACUGCCAUACUACCCUCACACCAUCUGUACUGGUGGCAGACACCAUCCCCAGCCCACCACCAACCCUCCUGGCACUGCCAUACUACCCUCACACCAUCUGUACUGGUGGCAGACACCAUCCCCAGCCCACCGCCAACCCUCCUGGCACUGCCAUACUACCCUCACACCAUCUGUACUGGUGGCAGACACCAUCCCCAGCCCACCACCAACCCUCCUGGCACUGCCAUACUACCCUCACACCAUCUGUACUGGUGGCAGACACCAUCCCCAGCCCACCGCCAACCCUCCUGGCACUGCCAUACUACCCUCACACCAUCUGUACUGGUGGCAGACACCAUCCCCAGCCCACCACCAACCCUCCUGGCACUGCCAUACUACCCUCACACCAUCUGUACUGGUGGCAGACACCAUCCCCAGCCCACCACCAACCCUCCUGGCACUGCCAUACUACCCUCACACCAUCUGUACUGGUGGCAGACAGCAACAACCCUCUUCCUCAUUCUGUGUGCCAAAGUUAAGUUUUGCUUCUCAUCCUCAACUGUCCUCCUUUCUCCUCCGCUCCACAGACAGAAUCCCUUGUUUCCAUCCUCCCCUCACCCCCUCCCCUCCCCUCACCCUCUCCCCCUAACUAUGAUGCCUACUCCAAAAUUAAGUUAAUUUAUUUGCCAAAUCUCAACAACGGUUUGUGAGACCUCUCAACAAUACACAACCUCUUGACAGUAAUAAAUUAGUGUCAUUUCAGAGAAUAACAAUAUGACAUACAGUGCAUUUUAAUGAAUUCAUAUUUGCCAAAUGAGUGAACUUUGCCAGGUCUGCAUCCCAAAUGGCAUUCUAUUCCCAUAGGGCUCUGGUCAAAAGUAGUGCACUAUGUAGGGAAUAGAGUGCCAUUUGGGAUGGUGUCUACAUUGGUUCCAUGACCAGGGUUUACUCCCCCUAACAUUGAGAUCUUUUAAUGGUCUCCAAUACCCAUUGUUAUGUAUAUUACUGGUGCUUUUGAUGCAAUAUCUUCAUAUAACUGAUAUUUAUUCCAGACUAUCUAUUCUGCUUCCCAAACCAUGCAUGAACAAACCACUCCUCAUCAGUGUGAUAGUACGGCAUAUGGUUGGUUACAGGUGUGUUUCAGACAGUCAACUAGUCUGUCUGUAUCGUCACUUCAGACACAGGAGGUUGGUGGCACUUUAAUUGGGGAGGACGGGCUCGUGUUAAUGACUGGAGCGGAAUCAGUCAAAGGGUAUCAAAUACAUCAAACACAUGUUUUUUUUAUGCCAUUCCGUUUGCUCCGUUCAGGCCAUUAUUAUGAGCCGUUCUCCCCUCAGCAGCCUCCACUGCUUUCAGGGUGGCAUCCUCUGCAUCUGUGUUUCAAAACGAUGGCAAAUCUUAUGUUCAAAGAAAUACCUUCAAGUUUGAUACAGUUUCUGGGGGGGGGGGGCAAAUCUCCCCCUAAAGCAGAAUCCGUCAUGCCGUUUUGCUUCGAAAUGAAAUUAGAGAUCCAUUUCAAGGUGUGGCACAGCGUUAUGAAGUGUUGAGCGUUGUUUCUUGAUAGUGAGCAAAACCUUGCGGUCCUGAAUGACGACCCAGUCAUGAGACAACCCACAGACCUUGCUGAACCAUGUGCCAAAGAGAUGAUGGUAUGUUUGUUUUAUUGUGCUACUCCGCUGCUGUCUCAGGCUAGCUAGACCCACUAGCGGUUCUGAGGGGGGCCGGGGGGGCCAGUUCCCCUGUGACAACAAUUUUGGACCCCCUUGUGGCCCCCCUAAAUGUGGAGUAUUAAAUAAUUUUUACAUAACUCAUUUUUGCUAUCGUUCUUUUUUUACAUCCGUUAUUAGACAAUGGCAACGCGGAACUGUAAUUUAACCCACACAUUUUCUAGAGGGAUGGCUUUAGGCGGAACACAACAGUAUCGUACCACAUGCAAAACGAUAUGACAACAAUAACGUCUAAUGUAACUGGCCCCUCUAACAGUACAACUGGCCCCAGCUUAGCCCCCUCCCAGUUGAAAUGGUCUAGAACCGCCACUGGCUAGACCAUCUCUCAGGCACGUUUGUCAAUCCCUAAUUUAAAAUCUAUAUGACAGAGAAUUUGAGGAAUAGUGAAUGAUUGACCUGCUGAAAGAUUCACUCAAAUGCACUGUUAUGGUGUUAAAACUCGGGACUACAGUAACAUCAGCAAAAACAACAGGUAGUCUACUGGUCCAGUACUGUCAGACAAAAGGAACUCUGGGUAAUAUCAUUACCAUAUACCUUAAAAACACACUUAAUACACAGAUUGCUAUUUUUUAUCCAGUUUAUUCCAGAGUUUAUGUCUAAGAAGUAAAUGGAAGUAAUACUUAAAAAAAAAGUGUUUAAAAUAAUUAUUGUGAACAUUCUGUUUGGUUGAUAAUAGUAUCCUCCUUUUUCAUCGCAUUAUGUUAUUUUUGUAAGGUGUUUUUAAUGUUUUAAGUAUGAAAAAUAUAUCUACCAGUAUUGACUUAUAUGGUUUCUAUAUAAGUAUUUUCAGAGAGAAUCCUGCUGUAGAAGUCGUUCUUACAGAUGGUUUGAAGAGGCUUUAAGCAAUGGAUAAUGUUUCAGUGUAUUUCAGCAGUUAAAUGUAGCAUCGGCAGAUCUAAUUCAAACUGAGGCAUGGAUUCAAUCCAAGGUGUUAUAGAGCAGUGCAUUGGACAGACACUGCACCUUUUAAAGGCAAUGUCUCUGACGUUGAAACGUUCAACGCUGACGGUAAACGCUGUAAACGACGUUAAAGUGGUCUGCUCUAUAACGUGCCUGGGAUUGAAUCACAGUCUCAGCAUCUAUUCAUUGUUUGAUGUUUUUCAUAUGUAAAACUCUGAAUGCUAGAUUUGGAAUAUUGUAAUUGAUGGUUGAUCUGAGAUUCUACACAUUUCUAAUUCUCAGUAUUUCAAACUUAAAGUCCAAUAAGUGACUUAUGUGAUGAAGCACAUUCACGUUCAUUAAUCAAAUAUAUUAAUGUAACUUUGAAAAGCAACAAUUAGUGAGAGAUGAGCACAAUGGAUUCUAAUAACUGAAUAUUUGUCAACCAGCGGACAAUGUAUUUGUGUCUCUUUAACUUGAUGUACCAAACCCCAAGAAAUGCCACACAAACCUGCCCGAACAAACUUUAAUUACUACAAAUUAAAAGUCUUACAUAAAUAUCAAUCAAUGUUUUACAGGCCUUCAGUCUAUCUGCUGCAGUGUCAAUCUGCUGCAAUGUCAAUCUAGCCAAAGUGAUAGAAAUACACUGAAGAGGAAUACGUCAUGACAGUUUACAGUAAUCUAAAUGAAAUGGGUAUUUUUAGGAAAGGGUAUUCUGGAAUCAUGGUAUUUCAUUGGUUUUUUUUGCAGUCAAUUUGGGAUGUUGUAAUGUCUAGACUAACUGGAUGAAAUAAAAAAUAAUGAAGUCUCAAAA